AUCCCCUCGUUUGAAAUGAAAAAGUUUUACGCGAUUAAACAAACACAAAUAAACGAGCACACGCACACACUGCAACUCUACAAGAUAGAACGGUCAAGGCUUGGCGUCGUCAUCGCCGGAGGGAGGAGGUGAGAGAGAGAAGCUUCACAGAAUCACAGCACAGGGCUCUGCUUGCUUGGAGUUGGAGGGGUGUCUGCCUGUCUGUCCUCUCUCCAGUCUCCACCCACUACCUUGUUCUUGGGAGGGCAAAAUCUGCAGACUCCUUUCCCGUUCCGGUUGGAUGGAGAGGGACUUCUUGGCCGCGAUCGGCAAGGGGAAGCAGCAGCAGCAGGACGGCAGGGAAGAAUCAGCUUACUUCGGAGCAGGGGGAGGAGUAGGCGCGCCGGCGAUGGAUUGGUCCUUCGCGAGCAAGCCCGGCGCCGCUCCGGCGUUGAUGUCGUUCCGGUCGGCGGCGAGGGAGGAGCCGAGGGAGCCCGCCUUCCCCCAGUUCUCCGCUGCCUACGACGGCGUCAGGAAGCCGGCCCCUCAUGUCCUGACCCAUCAGAGAUCGUUUGGCGCCGACAGCCACGGCAGCCCGCCGUACGCCGCUGCGCACCGUGGGCAGCCGCCGCAGCACGCGCUGAAUGGGGCUAGAGUGAUUCCAGCCUUGUUGCCUUUCAAUCAGAGCAAUCCCAUGUUCAGGGUCCAGAGCUUGCCUACCCUUCCGGAUGGCGUCGCCGGUGGUGGCCCGUUCAAACAGCCGUCUUUCUCCAUGAACAAUACAGUGGCUGCCUCUGCUGUUGGUGUGUACGGGACAAGGGAUGUGGCAAAAGCGAAGAAGACGGCACAAUUGACAAUCUUCUAUAAUGGAUGUGUCAAUGUAUUCGAUAAUGUUUCGGCUGAGAAGGCUCAGGAGCUUAUGUUCUUAGCCAACAGGGGAUCUCUUCCAAGCUCGGCCCCUGUUGCCUGUAAGCCAGAAGGUCCUAUUUUCGCUCCUGCAAAAGUCACGGUACCUGAGGUUUCGCCUGCAAAGCAGAUGCUAUUUCAGAAACCACAGCAUGUUUCACCUCCCGCAUCAGCCAUUUCCAAAUCAAUCACCGGCAUGUUGCAAGCUGCAAGUCUCCCCAGGAGCGCAUCUAGCUCUAACAUCGACUCCACAGUGCCAAAAUCUUCAGUCCCAUUACAUAUUCCUCCCAUAAGUCAGGCACCAGCAACUCAGCCUGCUACACUAGCCACUACAUCUGCAGCAGCUAUUAUGCCUAGAGCUGUCCCUCAAGCUCGAAAGGCAUCCCUUGCCCGUUUCUUGGAGAAAAGAAAGGAAAGAGUGACAACUGCUGCGCCAUAUCCAUCAGCCAAAAGCCCGUUGGAGAGCAGCGACACGUUUGGGAGCGCCAACGACAAGUCAUCAUGCACAGACAUUGCCCUCUCGAGCAACCAUGACGAGUCGCUGUGUUUAGGCCUGCCCAGGAACAUCAGCUUCAGCCAAGAGUCCCCCACCCCUAGUACGAAACUACAGAUCUGAUCUGAUCUGACCAUUGUCUGGUGUUCAUAGAUCCGUCCAGGCUGACUGACGCAAAACCAUAAAAUAUCCUCGCAUUCAGGCAAGGGCUCGAGAGAGGAAAUUAUAUAUGUUAUUGAUGUUUUUCUUGUUUAUGAUGGUAUUUUGCUUGGUUAGUUUACUGUAAUGCUGGUGUAGCAGGUGCCGCCCCACCUAACUAACAAGAGAGCUGUCACUUGCAGACUCUUGGAUCAUUUUUUUGCCCUAGCGCCAUUGUAUUGCAAAAGGAAAUGUGUUAAUUCAGCAGUACCAAGUUAUAGGAUUACAAAUUGCGCGUCUUCUAUGGUGAAACUGUACUAUUCUUGUUCCUGUAUUAUGAACCUCCAAGCUGCGGAAUGCAAGAACAAACUUAUUCA